UCACCACCAACACCAAAUCCACAGAGAUUGUGCUUAUCAGGGAGUUGAUUCUCAUUCUAGUCUUUCGAGGCAGAUGGGUUACUCCGUGGGGAACUUGGCGGUGGUGGUGGCGACGGUGGUGGUGCUGGGAUUAUCGAUCGCGGUGGGAAGGAGCGCAAACCUGGACGUUGUGAGCGGGCCGAAUUGCAACGGCACCGUAGCUACCGACGGCAAGACGGUCGGGUACAUUGCCGGGGCUUUAACGGAGUUGGGUGCGGUGACGCCCGUGAAGGGCGGGGGUCAUAACAAGAACUGCAAGUUCCCCGAUGGCAAAUCGGGAUCGAUCUCCGGCAGCGCCAGUUGCAGAGACGGCGCCGCAUUGUUGGAGCAUCGCUUGCCUGGGGAAGGCGGAAGGGAAGCUGGUGGAUCAAUGUAGGAAUCGGACCGAGGCUUCCGUCCAGCUUCAGGGUUGCCAGAUUCAGUACGCCAAAAUCAAGUAGACCCAAGACAGACACACUCUUUCCGUUAUUGAAGCAAAGCUGCCGUGCUUUUUAGCCGCGUUCAGGCGAUUUUCUAGCCCGUCGGCGUCCUGUUUCCUUUUGAUACUGGCAAUGGUAUGAAGUAGAGGUGGCAAAUAGAGUGGAUUGGUGGAUUGGAUUGGUGGAUCCAUGGAUCAAACGGAUUGGAUCUAAUGGAUUGGUGGAUUCAUGGAUUGGAUCAAGUGGAUUGGUGGAUUAUCUAUGAAUCCAAAUGACAUCCUCAAUCAAGGACCAAUAUGUAAAAUGUAAAAAGUUUAGGUACUAAUGUCAUAAUGAAAAAUUUUAGGUACCAAAAUGUAAUUUUCCAAUGAUAUUUUUUGUAUAAAAAUUUAAAUUUUAGGUACCAAAAUGUAAAAAAUAAAAAUUAUAGGUACUAAAUCGUAAUUUGCUAAUGAUCCAUGGAUCCAAUCCAUGAAUCCACCAAUCGAAUUGGAUUUGGAUCAAAUAGAUUGGAUUUAAAUGGAUUGGAUUAGGUGGAUAUUUUUAAUGGAUUGAUGGAUUGGAUUGGUGGAUUGGAUUGAAAUUGCCACCUCUAGUAUGAAGCAUGCGAUUGUUGUUUAUUUAUUGGCAAAUACAAUUUUACAGUAAAAACUAUUACCUUGGUGUCACUAAUAGUCACUUUUGGCCAUACCACUAAUAGCCACUUCCGUCCAAUUGUUUAACGCUUUUAAUGUGAAGUGUGACUGGACAAACGGAGAGGUUUACGUGGCCCGCCUGAGUUUUACACAAAAUGGGGAAAAAACCGAGAACCCCUAAUUUUACCCACCCACCUUUUUACUCUGUCUUAUCCACUUCUUCGAAUCCACCCACCCUUAUUCCCAUCUUCGAGAAAUCAGUAAAUGAGUCUUUUCGUCCUGCACCAUACUAGCAUUCAAUUUAUUACAUACAUCAAUGACAAUUGCAAAAGCCAUCUCUAAACACUUUACCAUUCAAAAUGGACACCCAUAGAACUGUCUGCCUGGGUUCGCUUCCAUUCCGAAUGUAUUGACCACACAUGGCUUCUUGUGUAGAGGUGGCAAAUGGAUUGGAUUGGUGGAUUGGUGGAUCCAUGGAUCUAAUGGAUUGGUGGAUUCAUGGAUUGGAUCAAGUGGAUUGGUGGAUUAUCCAUGAAUCCAAAUGACAUCCUCAACCAAGGACCAAUAUGUAAAAUGUAAAAAGUUUAGGUACUAAAAUGUCAUAAUGAAAAAUUUUAGGUACC